AUGUUCAUGCUUAUAUAUGUUGAUGAUAUUAUAGUGGCCAGUUCAUCUCCGGCUGCCACUGAUGCCUUGCUGAAGGUUCUUGGUAAAGCUUUUGCUCUUAAGGAUCUGGGUGAUCUUCAUUAUUUCUUGGGUCUUGAAGUUCACAAAGUACAUGAUGGCAUUGUUCUUAAUCAGGCCAAGUAUGCUCAAGAUGUUUUGGCUCGUGUUGGCAUGACUCAUUGUUCUGGCUCGCCUACCCCUCUCUCGUCUUCUGAGAAGAUCACUGCAAGGGAGGGAGAUAUGCUAGGUCCUGAAGACAGCACCAGGUAUAGGAGUAUGGUCGGUGCAUUGCAGUAUCUUACUCUCACAAGACCUGAUAUUUGCUAUGCUGUCAACAAAGUCUGUCAAUAUUUGCAUGCUCCUACUACUGUCCAUUGGAGAGCUGCAAAGCGAAUUUUGAGAUAUGUGAAGCAGACCAUGAGUUUUGGGUUGACCUUUCUCAAGUCGCACUCAACAUUAUUGAGUGCCUUCUCUGAUGCUGACUGGGCUGGUUGUAGUGCCAAGAAACAAGAUACUGUCUCAAGAUCAAGUACUGAAGCAGAGUAUAAGUCAGUAGCUAAUGCUACAGCUGAAGUCAUUUGGGUGUGGAAGCCAGUGGCUAGGAGGAAGGACCGCGGGACAGUGGAGUGGACGAUUGGCUGGAUCCGCGCCCUCCACUCGACCAUCAGGGACAGCGAGUAG